AUGGCGAGAAUGGUGUUCCUGUUCAGUUUUCUCAUAUUAUAUUGUUGGAGAAGCGAGAGUUCCGCGUCUAGGUCGAGAAGGCAAAUAUUGCCUUCGCUGCCAAUCAGCUUUCCAUUUGGAGGAACAUUCAAGCUCGUCGUGGGAUUUGCAGUGCCCAUAGAGCUCUCAGGCAGGAUUGUGGUUUACGGGCAGAACUUUCAGUUCCAAUAUUCUCUGCCGCCGAACGCGACAUUCUUCACGUCGUCGUCACGACGACGACGUAAAAGCGUUAGUUGGAACGAAAGGAUGACUAUCUACCGGCUUCUGGAGGACGAGUUCGAAAGAAGGGGAAUUGAUGGAAAAGAAUGCAUGAAAAAGAAUAUAUGCGAAACAGCAAUGACUUUUUUAGAGGACGAAGGACUUGUGGGAGAAUUAUUACACCUUUUGUUUACACCUCGAAAAAGCGAUACACCUUUGGACUCCGAGUAUUUACAAGCAUUAGAAUUCGGGCGAGAAUAUCACGAUUGUUCACGGAUCUAUAAAUCGUGUCUUCCUGGUCAAGGAAUUCUAGAUCAAAUCUCAAAAAUAAUAUAA